AUGUCUAUCGUGAUUCUCCAUGAUAAUCGCGAGUUGUUCCUCAACAGUCGCUCCUUCUGGAAUAGGCUUCGGAACGAAAGCUUCUCUUUCCUCGCCUCCUGCAUUGUUGGUGGCUAUGGAAGUGUUGAUAGGCUCGUUUGCCCAGUUAGCAGUGACAUUCUGGCCCUCAGUCGCAGGCGGUACAAGGAAAACCACCUUACAGAAGCAUUGCAGGCAAUGAAAACGUAUGCUGAUCUCGUCGUCAACAACAACACUGACAAGGCUGUUCAAAAAUUGUUCCGCGAGUCACGCCUCUCCCCUUGGAUAGAACAGUCGAUGGAGGUGCACAAGGCUUUGGUAGAGGAUGGAAAUGUGGACGAGGCCAUCGAGCUCUAUCAUACCAUUCAACAGAAAGGCGUACAACCAUUGGUCCAAAUCCACACCUCAGUUAUUAAAGCCUACCUCAAGUUUAGCAAGACCAAGGGUGCUCUGGAGGUGUAUUUGGCCAUGUCUGCUGGGGUUGCCCCCAACUCCUACACAUACACUGUUUUAAUCAAGGGACUCUGUGCUGACCCCAACUUCUUUGGAGAUGCCAAGAAGUACUUGCUUGAAAUGAUGGACAAGGGGAAGCAGCCUAAUGUUGCUGCCUAUACUGCGGUGAUAGAAGGCUUUGUGCUUUAG